AUGGGCGAAGCAGUUCUGUUAUCGAAGUCCACCGUUUGGAGGUACUUCGAUAGGACCAAACCAGCUGUUGAGGAAGUGUAUGGACGACAUCAGUCUGAGGUGUUGUCGAAAGAUGGCUUGGAUCUCGUAGCCGAUGGAGCUUAUGACAGCAGAGGUUACUCUGCUCUCAUCGGCGAAGUUGCGAUGUGUGACCUUGAAACAAAACUCCUUGAGGCUAGCCGAAAUGGCAAGAACACGGAAUGUCUAGAGGGAAGCAGAGAUGAGGCGAAAGUACCUAUCCAGGACUUCUCGCGUCACCUUCAAGGCUACCAUUCACUAGAGAUGAAGUGGGGGAGGCAGUGUUGGGAGAAAGAGAGCGUCAACUCCGAGAACGGGACGGCGACGACGACGAACCGCACGGAGACUAGGAAUAUGAUUGAGGCUGAGGACAUCUAUGAGAACACCAGCUUUGAGGACGUACGAAUACAGGACCCCUUGGAGCAUGAGCCGGAGCUGGACAUAGCGGAAAGUACGGAGUACAGCGACUUCGACGCUGUGCUCCACAUACCUCGAGCUAUGUUUCCAGAGCUGCCUCAUUCCGAGAGGACCGUGAAGCAGUCGGCAAAGCAUCAUCGAAACGACUCCUGUGAAUUCGUCAGUCACUGUGUAAUGCUGUCUAUCCUACUUUACUCCAUUCUUGUUGGCUUCGUGGUGUGCCAACCCAAGGGUUCUGAUUCCUCGACUGCGCAGUCUAUAGAAAUACUGAAAAUCGUCUGCGAAAACUCAACGAAAGGAGAAGAGAAGUUAAGUAAGAUAGAAAAGCUGCUUAAUACUGGAAUGACAAACAGCGGUGAUCAAGAAAAGAGAGGAGUUCUUGAAGCAAGUCGAAUGGCCAUUGCGGUCGCUAGCAUAUUGCAAGAAAAUGUUAGCAAAAUACCCAAUCAGAAGGUGCAACGUGCGUUCCGUGGAAUCCACGCAGUGAUGUGUGAUCCCAACUUCCCUACACUAGACGCUGGAGAGAAAUUUAGAAAAGUGAGUCGCAUGAAUUUUUCGGCAUGUUAG